AUGACUGAAGAAGAAUUAAAGAGGAAAAUUAGAGUCCGCGGGGGUCACCGGGCUUCAGCCAAACGCAUAAUUGCCGCAGCUGAAGAAAGUCUUCAAGUAUUCGACCCAAACAACCCAGAAACAGUUAUUAAGGUGAAACAGCAGCUGACCACCCUCAAGGAAAAAAUGAAAACUCUGAGUGUGCACGAUAAAGAAUUAUUAAGUUUGGUAAAGGAAGAAGAAAUCGAAAACGAGAUUGAACAAGCUGAUAUAUUUAAGGAACGAUUACAACACUCGAUAGUAAGCAUCGAAAUGGCACUAGAGAAAAUUGCAAACAAGACAUUGGCUCAUGGUAGCACUGUUAGUGGCACAUCACCCAGCUCGUCUAAUGUAAGUCAAAAUUCAUCUUAUUCUGCUACUGUAAAAUUACCAAAGUUAAGCUUGAAAAAAUUUAGUGGGGAUGUCACAAAGUGGACAACAUUUUGGGAGUGCUAUGAAUCUGCUAUUCACAGUAAUGCUAAUCUCACAAAGAUUGAAAAGUUCAAUUAUUUAAAAUCAAUUUUGGAACAUUCUGCAGCAGAAACUAUAGAGGGACUGCAGUUAACAAAUGCAAACUAUGAUGAAGCAAUUAAGAUCUUGAAAGAUAGGUUUGGAAAUCAACAAAUUAUUAUCAAUAGCCACAUGGAAGCACUGUGUAAUAUACCGAAUGUUGGAAGUAUUGACAAUGUCAAAAUGCUUCGUCAACUUUAUGACAAAGUAGAAACCCAUGUGAGAAGCCUUACAAGUCUUGGAGUCAACUCAGGCUCAUAUGGGAAUCUAAUGAUUUCAAUUCUCAUGAAUAAGCUACCACAAGCAAUGCGUGUUAUUGUUACGAAGGCAUUGGGGAGCACAUGGACCCUUGACAAAAUGUUGGAUACUGUUAAGUCUGAAUUAGAAGCCCGUGAAAGAGCCAACAUGUUGAGUUCAAAACCAGCAAGCAAACCACCAUAUUCCCCACAUCCAAGGGGAUACAGCAGUGCAGCAGCCCUCCUAAACAAUGGAACCCCUCCGACAUGCACUUAUUGUAAAAAUACCCAUCCCUCAGCUCAUUGUAAUGUUGUCACCAACCCGAAUGCGAGAAAGCAGAUCCUACAAAAGGAAGGCAGAUGUUAUAUCUGCCUUCGGAAAAAUCAUGUCAGCCGAGGAUGCACAUCGUCCCUGAAAUGUUAUCACUGUGGGAAACGUCACCAUGCGAGUAUAUGCAAUGCCAGACCAUCAAGAAAUGAAAAUGAGAAAGAAACCCACAACGUCGACCAUGAAGGUACCAAACCUCCCAAAGACCAGAAGAGCAAUGACACCCCAGAUAACAAGAAAACCAACAACACCCCGGAUAACAAGCAAAGCCCCCAUGAGGAAAGAAAAUCUCAUUCUUUAUAUAUUGAAAAUGGUACUUCCAUUUUGUUACAAACUGCACAAGCAGAAGCAUAUAAGUCAGAUGCACCAGAAACAAGCAUCCCAGUUAGAGUGAUCUUGGACAGUGGCAGCCAAAGAUUCUAUAUAACGACAGGAUUAAAGGACAAGUUAAAUCUCCCAACACUCAAAUCUGAACCGCUUAUGAUUAAAACGUUUAACUCAAAAAGGGAAUCAGUGCAAGUAUGCGAUGUUGUCCAGUUAUGUAUUGGUAAAGAAGGAAGUCGAGCAGUAAAUCUUAAUGCCUAUUGUGUACCUACAAUUUGUUCUCCACUUGUCAACCAAAACACCCGAGUGUCCCAAUCCCAGUACGACCACCUAACAUCCCUUAAAUUAGCAGAUGAGACUAGUGGGAUCGAAGCAGCAACGAUAGAGAUACUAGUUGGAUCAGAUCAGUAUUGGCAAUUAGUAACAGGAGAAGUAGUGAAAGGCGAAUCAGGGCCCACAGCCAUGAACACGAAGUUAGGUUGGGUGCUCUCUGGCCCAAUCGAAAGAAGCACUGUGAGUCACCAGCCGGUGACAAACCUUGCAUGCACACAUGUUUUGAAAUGUGCAGCGAAUCCCUUGAAAGACGGUGUUGGAUUAGAAAAUGAAAUAAAGAAAUUUUGGGAGUUAGAGGUAUUAGGUAUUCAACCAGAAGAGGCGACAGUUUAUGAGGAUUUUACGAACACGAUAUCACGUAAAGAUGGAAGAUACGAAGUUCAAUUACCAUGGAAACACUCUCAUCCGGUCUUGCCAGAUAACUACAAGGCUUCCCUACAGCGUUUUCAUUCUCUGUACAAUCGAUUAAAGCAGACCCCAAGAAUUUUGGAAGAAUAUGGCAACGUCAUUAAAGACCAACUUCAGAAAGGGAUUGUAGAAAGAGUAAAUGAAUCUGAGGCUUGUGAAAUUGGCAAGGUACACUAUCUACCACAUCAUGCCGUCAUACGUAGAGACAAGGAAACAACACGUUUGAGGGUAGUUUACGAUGCGUCCUCUAAGUCCAACGGAAUCUCGCUGAACAGUUGUUUAUAUACUGGGCCAUCUUUGUCCCAGAAUAUAUUAGACAUACUGAUACGAUUUCGAAGUUUCAAGGUAGCGAUGAUUAGCGACAUCGAGAAGGCGUUCCUGAUGGUCUCUAUUGCGGAAGUGGACAGAAAUGUGUUGAGGUUUUUGUGGGUAGACGACAUUUCCAAGGAGAAACCAGAAAUCAUCGUCCUUCGCUUUACCAGAGUCGUUUUUGGAGUUUCGUCAUUUCUACUCAAUGCAACCAUUGCACACCACAUCGGACAGUAUGAAAUAGUUGAUCCCACAUUCGUAGAAAGGUUUUUAGAAAACAUCUACGUUGAUGACCUUAGCGCUGGAGGAGCGAGCGUGAGUGAUACCUAUGAAUUUUACGUGAAAUCUAAGUUGAGAUUGGCUGAAGGAGGGUUUAACCUGAGAAAGUUCAUGUCAAAUUCUAAAGAAUUAAUGAAUAAAAUCGAUGCAAAUGAAUCCCGAUUGCAGAUAACUACUGAUUCUACGAAUAACUCGAAUGAUACAGCUUCAGUUAUGAGUACGUCAAGUGAUCAAGCUUAA